AUGAACGACCACAAUACUCGCGAGAACAUCGGAAGCAACAAUGAUGAUGCUGAUUCUGUGGCCAAUACUGGCCCUGCUGAUACUCCUACUGCUGGUGGCGAGAUGGCUCCUGGAGAUAAGAUGAAGGGCCCAGUCGCUGAACCAGGACAAGAACAGCUGACAUCACCUUCGACACCCGAGAUUGGUUGCGCCCUCAUCAUCUAGCGCCGAUAUUUCCCCAUCUAUCAAGGAUGUAUUGCCCUUUUCAGGCGUUUCGACGUUUGCGAAACUAGAAACAUUAUUUGGAGCCUCUGAGAGACGAGUACACCAAUUGCGGCACGCAGAAAAGAAACAGCAAGAACAACAUGCACAAAAAAGACAACAUCUUGAGCAAAACAUCGCUAGAAUGCAGAAGGAGUUGAAGUCAGCAAGAGGAAACUAUCCUCAAAAGGAUGCCCUAAUCGCGAAGCACAAGAGCGUAACGGACGGCCUGAUCAAGGUCGUGCGAGUUUGCGAAAAGAACGCAUACAACAUGUUUCCCAACAACCAUCAAAUAGUUCACGACUUAUUUGCCCCGGUCAACAGACCAUUCCUAGGUAACUCGAAACACGCACCACCCGAUACCACCACCACCAACCUCUAUUAUGAUCUCGUUCUGGUUGACGCUACCGAAGUUGCAGCAGCGAAGGCAAGCAAGCAUAAAGAAAUAAAUCUAGUUCAAGAGCAAAUAAUACGUGGUUAUGAGGCCCUUGAAAAGGCGAACGAACAGAUCGCAAUUAAAGAAGCUAGCGUGAACAAUUUAUGGGACGCUAUUCAUGAUUGCGAAGUCAAGGCACACCAAUGGCUCCCGUACCACACGGCUGUCGUGGACAAGAUAUUCGAUUAUUUGUAUCAAAAGGCGGGCAGAAAGCAUGCCAACCAUACUGAGGAUACAGUUGAGGAUGAAGAGUCGAUGUUGUGCGAGGUUCCCACCAAAGACGAUGUUGCGCCUAUCAAACUCACUGAAGAGCUUGACAAUUCAAAGAUUACGGUUACUAAGGCGAACACGCAAAGCCCGGAGAGCGUCAAUUGA